GGUGGACACAGGCAGGGCUCGACCAAUAGCGUGACUCAUCACACCCCCCGUGGAGGUGGCAGGGGGCGAACCCAGCGCUCAUCCUACUCGGAAAGUCAUGCAGAAGACCAGUACUUCCCCGAUGCGUACGGACCCGUGCAUGGCUCGAGAGGCGAGAUUGUGUGGUUCAACAGCAACAUGUACGAGCAAGCUGAGGAAUACCUCCAGAACCCCUCGAGCUCGGGGACGAGUCCGAGAGAGCAAGUUGUCCACCGCUCCCUGGUGUUCAGAGCGAAACGGAAUCCGGCUCCGCCCAGCCCAGAGGAGGGGAACCAGAUUCGUUCUGGCUCAUACAGCGCUAAAAAAACCCAGCGCUCAUCCUCCGAGCCACAGAGGGGACGCAGGAAGAGGGGUUUCUCCGAGACGGAGCGUCCCACUCAGAGAAAAAAGGACAACAUCAUCAUGAGUGGACUUCAGUGCCUGGCCCAAGACAAGAUCUGGUUCGACAAAUCCAGAUACGACGAGGCAGAGCGAUGCUUCUACGAGGGAAUCAACGGCGUACCUUCAGCUCCUCAGGAGACAGACGCUAACGGCGUCCUGCAGGAUGUGGUUAAAGCCCGUCAAGCUAUCCAGCAGUCCCUAGCCGGAGUGAAGGCGGCGCUGCAGACGGUUAAACCACACUCCCGCACCCAAAAGCCUCGGGAGCGCAAGUCUAGUCAGAAUGUGAGCAGAUCAGAAGAUCAGAGUGAGCUGGUAUCGCGUGUAAAGAGCCUGGAGCUGGACAACAAGAACCUUCACAAAGUGGUGGAUGACCUGAGGGCCAUGGUGUCCAAACUAGAAAGCAGACUGUGCGUGCUGGAGAAGAGUCCAAGUCAGGCUCCCAAGGCAGCGUCCGUGCCACAGGCUGCUCCAGCUCCCAAACCCUCUGUGGUGGUAAAGGAUGAGGACGACGACAUCGACCUGUUCGGGAGCGACGAGGAAGACGAAGAGGCAGAGCGCAUUAAGGCCCAGAGGGUGCAGGAGUACGCUGCAAAGAAGGCCAAAAAACCCGUUCUCAUCGCCAAGUCCUCCAUCAUACUCGACGUCAAACCUUGGGAUGACGAGACAGACAUGGCUAAGUUGGAAGAGUGUGUGCGUUCGGUACAGAUGGACGGUUUGCUCUGGGGCGCCUCCAAACUGGUGCCCGUCGGUUACGGCAUCAAAAAGCUGCAGAUCAACUGCGUGGUCGAGGACGACAAAGUCGGAGUGGACAUACUCGAGGAGGAAAUCACCAAAUUCGAAGACUACGUCCAGAGCGUUGAUGUCGCCGCCUUCAACAAGAUUUGAGCUCAUGCUUGACAAUCAUCACCUCAUUUCAAACGGCUGCCUGCUGCUUUUCUAUCGCACAGUUACCAAAUAAACCGUUACGAAGCCUUA